CAUAAUAAACAAAUACAGUACUUAUGUACUGUAUGUUGAAUGUAUAUAUUCGUCCGAGUUUUAUUCAUUUUUUUCUUAAUGCAUUGCCAAAAUGUAUAUGAUCGGGAAAAAUUAUCGAGAAUGAUCGGGAUCGAUUUGGGAGCAAAAAAAAAAACAUGAUUGGAACAACCCUACUUAUUAGUCUUAGUUAUAUUUUUAUCAUCUCAAAAUGUGUUUGUCAUCAUGUCGUUUUUGUUGAUGAAAACCUCAGACCAAUUUCGUCUCGUUUUAGUCGGCAUUAAAAUGUUUUCAUCUGUAAAAUUUUAAAAAAGAUACCCCAAAAUAAAUACCAUAUUGGCCCGGAUAUAAGACGGUGUUUUUCGCAUUGAAAGCACAACCAUCCAAAAAUUCCAAAAGUAUUUUAUUUUGUUUAUGAUGGCGGAUACCCUGUCCUCUGGUGGCAGACUACCUGUAUUACUUUUUUUUAAAAAUCGUUCGCAGUACAUAAAUCAAUUCAUAAAAUCGACCUAUCACCCAGGCCUACCUCAAAGCUGAAAUAGAAUUAAUCAGCAUCAAACGGCAGGAUCCUUUAUACCCAAAAGGUUUUUUUUUUCUGUCGCCAUGGAGCCUCCCCUCACACACACACUCAUCUCCAUAACUGCAUGCACUGCAAUGUGGGACGUGUAGGUGGAGAAAUCUCAGUGGAUAUUUUCAGGAAGUUGAACAUUCAGCCUUACAUCAUCCUGGAAGAGGUGGACUGUUUGCAAGACUGUAGAGGCUGAAUUGUUUUGGAACGCCAACACAAUGUUGCCACUCUAAAAAACGUUCAAUAGGGGGCAGUGAGGUAGCAAUGUCAAAAUGGAGGCACGUGAUCCUCGCUAAGCUCUAAAUGUCAGUCGGCUGCCCCGCACCCACUGACUCUUUUAGCGGAAACCUGAUCAUGAAGCUGCUCAGAAGCUAGAGGGUCUUCAGACAGGGUUGGGCGGGGGCACCGUGACCAUGGCAGGAGGUCAGGGAACCCAGGACGCUGUAGUGACGAAGGACUGGUCUGGAGGGUGGCCGUGGGUCAGCCAUGUGGAGAGAACACAGCAACAGACCAUCGUGCGGGGAAACCGGCCCCCUAAAGACGCGUCCAUCAACGGCCUGCUGGAGGAGUUUGAUAACAUCUCGGUGACACGCUCCAACUCACUGCGCAAGGAGAGCCCGCCGGGGGCGCACCAGGCGGGGGCCGGCUCCAGGCCCUUGGUGGGCGCUCGUCCCGGGGGUCCUGAGGAGAACGGCUUCGGCCAUUACUACUCGCGCUACUCCUGCGACUUGGAUGCCUCUGGUGGCCGGGACUAUCCUCUGGACAAGCCGGGUUUCUCCGCGGAAGGGGACUGGGCAGUAGGGCGGCACUACCGCUUUACCAAGCACAACGGCCACUCGCACCACAUCCGUAGCCCUUUCUACCCGGACGCCAUGCCCCAAAAGUCGGACUACGGCAAGCUCCCACCGGACUACCACACUUACUUAGAGAGCAAGGGGCGUUCCACGGACGAGGUGGCUUCCACAGUGGGGAGCGGGGUGGGCUCUAGCGGCUAUUAUCGUGCGUCAGUGGGCGGCUCAUCCAGCCAGGACUACCGGGACACGUCGGUGGGGACCCCGUCGCGUGCUUCCCUUCACAGUGAGCAGAUCAACUACCCGGACAGCGAGUGGAGCUACGGUGGCGUGCGGGACGACUACGACAAGAGGCCCAAAAGCUCGUACGUGAUGCAGACCAGCCCCACGCCGGCCAUCAGGCAGCGGUCCCGUUCGGGUUCCGGGCUCCAGGAACCCAAUGUCCCCUAUGCUGCUGGCGGGCCCUUUAAGAACCCCGCCCAGGCCCAUCCGUACAGCUCCUAUACGUACCCACGCCUGUCGGAGAGCCUUGCAGCUUCACAGACUCUCAACAAGGGUGACUACGAGCGUCCGUCGCGGGACGGAAGCCCCCACCACGCCGCGGCCGGCGAUCCCUACCCACGCGGGCCUCUCAAGCUACCUCAGAACCACGCCAAGCCUCCCGGCUACCCGCCCGUGCACCUGCCCUACCCGCCCGUCUUUCACCAUUACAAGCCAUCGCCCUACCAUCACCCGCCUUCUCAGCCCAGCCCGCCGUACACCCCGCAGGGGGCGUACUCUCAACCUUCAUCGCCGUACAUUCCCCCGGGGGCGUACCCCCCUCCUUCGUGGGGGUCCAGCUCAGACACUCAACCUUCCAGGGUCUCUCACGAGCAGUUUCGAGCUGCGCUCCAACUUGUAGUCAAUCCAGGUGAUCCCCGCGAGUACCUGGACAGCUUCAUCAAGAUCGGCGAGGGCUCCACGGGCAUCGUGUGCAUCGCCAGUGAGAAGCACAGCGGAAAACAGGUGGCUGUCAAAAAGAUGGACCUGAGGAAGCAGCAGAGGAGGGAGCUGCUCUUCAACGAGGUGGUGAUUAUGAGGGACUACCAUCAUGAGAACGUGGUGGACAUGUACAAUAGCUACUUGGUUGGAGAUGAGCUGUGGGUCGUCAUGGAGUUCCUGGAGGGAGGGGCCCUCACUGAUAUCGUCACACACACCAGGAUGAACGAGGAGCAGAUCGCCACGGUGUGCUUGUCGGUGCUGCGCGCGUUGUGCUACCUACACACGCAGGGCGUCAUCCACCGCGACAUUAAAAGUGACUCCAUCUUGCUUACAAGCGACGGACGGAUCAAGCUGUCCGACUUUGGCUUCUGUGCCCAAGUGUCCAAAGAGGUUCCCAAGAGGAAGUCGCUAGUCGGGACGCCAUAUUGGAUGGCGCCCGAAGUCAUCUCCAGGCUGCCUUAUGGGACCGAGGUGGACGUGUGGUCACUGGGCAUCAUGGUGAUCGAAAUGGUAGACGGUGAGCCGCCGUACUUCAAUGAGCCGCCUUUGCAGGCCAUGAGGAGGAUACGCGAUAACUUGCCCCCGCGGCUAAAAGAGUCACACAAGGUUUCAUCGGUGUUGCGCUCCUUCCUGGACUUAAUGCUGGUCCGCGAGCCGUCCCAGCGAGCCACUGCGCAGGAACUCCUUCAGCACCCCUUCCUCAAACUGUCAGGACCGCCGUCCUGCAUCGUGCCCCUCAUGAGACACUAUCGCCACCGUUGAACACCCACAAACUCACACUUUUUUUGUGAUCCCCACUCUGCCCGCCCCGUUAGCACUCACACUCGUAACCGUGACGUAGAUUUAGCUAACCGACACACGCACACACACAAAAAAUACAACUACGAAGAAAAAUAAGAAACUCUGGGCGCUUUCGAGGACCUGAGCGGACCCCCGAGAACGUGGGCGGCGUCUCGCACAUGUAUUUUAAGAGCAACUUGUAAGAUCUAGUGUACAGUUUUGAUAUCUUUGAGUAUUGAUGGUGUGGUAGCCAUUGUGAUAUAAGCAGUAUUCAAUAGACUUUCCUACUCUUUAUAAUACACUUUUUCAUUAACAAAUAUAUAGUGUAUAUAUAUAUAUGUACAGUAUAUACAGUAUAUAUAUACAUAUACACACACACACGAAAUAUCCCAAAUAAACCCAUUUGAACCCAACUGUUACUUUAAAAAAAUAACCCAACUAAAUCUAUUUAUUAUUCUUAUCUAUCUUUGUAGACGAAACUUCCAUUAAACGUUGGGCAAAAAGGGUCAUGUCGGACAUUUUCUAUGAGCUUUUCAAACUAUUUAUUUAUUUAUUGCAAUUUUUUUUUGUCUAGCGUGGCCUUUUUUUGCAUUCGUUUUCUUUGGUUUUGUAAUUAUUUGAUGAAAAAGUCAAGCGACGGGCGACAGGGAACUACUGAAAUACACUCAAGUGCAAUGAAACUACAUUUUAGUGAUUGAAAAUUUGUAUUUUGUUCAGCGGAGAGUACUGUAUUAAUCCCUUUUUUUUUUUUUUUGAUGAUGGAUAUGGACUCCCAUUGACAGUGAUAGAUGUCCAAUUGUUUUUUUUUCAUCUCUCAGCUGCGGAUUUUAAUGAGUUGAUCACAUGUAGACGUCCUAUCCAUUCGAAGUCGGAGGGAUGGCAGCGAAUGAACACCCUCCCACUUGGAAUGGAUUGGACGUCUAUUGCUGUCAGUGAGUUCAUGUGAAUGAUUUGAACAAAUGCAGGGAGCCAAUAGAGGCAAAAAGUGUGACCAAGUAGCACAUGCUUAAGGAGCCCCAGACAUGACAUUAAUGAAAAAAAAUGAACUGUUGUUAGACUCAAAUUGUUCGUGCGCACAAGCUACUACUUUAUGUGAACUUACUAUUACUUGGUGGUACUUGCAGCCUUUUUUAAUUUUCGUCUCAGUCUUUUGGACUGUAAUACUUAUACAGUCAGAAACUAUUGUGCAUUUUUGUCUCGUCUCGUCAGACAAAAACUGGCAUGAGUCUCGUUAUGUUAUGUCACCCAAAACACUUUUUUUUAGCUCGUUAUUGUCUCGUUGUUGUCAUUGAAAAAGUGUUUGUUGACAAAAAAUUUUCGUUGUUGUCAUCGUUGACAAAAACAACACUGGUGUGAACGAACUAGUAACGUAUUGGCCUGAACAUAAGAAGGUGUUUUUUGCAUUGAAAUAAGACUGAAAAAGUGGGGGUCGUCUUAUAUUUGCCGUCUAGACAUUAUACGCAUUUACGACGCUAGAUGGCGCCAGAUAUCAUUGAAGCGAUGUUCUGUCAUGACAGAUCUCAGCUACUCUCAAGUUUAACCAGUUUGCAGUAUUUUAUUGAAAUGUUUUUCCUCAUUCAGAUUUGUUUCAAGACUACAGUUACAAUUAGACUUCACUUUGAUGGUUAAUGCAGUUAUUGCAAUUUUGUUGUUUUAUCACAAUAGAUUGGUUUAUUCACAUUUCAAAAACCAGAAGCCAUUCAUUUAAAAUUGUGAUUGCACUUUACAUAUUUAAAUGCUCAGAUAUUAACAUUUGAAUGAAGCAAAAUAACAUGCCUUUUCUCUAAAAUUUGUUAUAAUCAUUUGUUUCAGAUGUACUGUAAUUAUUUUCUGUAUAAAAAUUAAUUUGGUGUUCAAUCUUGAAAAAGAAGGGGUCGUCUCAUAUUCGGGCAACACUUAUAUUCGGGUCAAUAUAGUAAUUGCAAAUAAUAUGCUGUUUUCCUGCCGAGUGCGUAUUUUCAUCAUGAAAAUGUCAUGUUCAUUCAAAAUUGUUGGAAACCUUUUAUGUUUAUUCAUGGACUAAAACCUUUCAAGCGUAUGCACCAAAGCAUCUUGAGAAUUCUCAUUAAAACUAGACGAAAUUUGAGUUUUCGUUGACUAAAACUAGACGAAGACAUUUUGAAAUGACUAAAAUAUGACUAAGACUAAUUAGUAUUUUCGUCCAAAAGACUAAAACGAAAAUUAAAAUGGCUGCCAAAAACAACACUGAUGUGAGCGAGUGUGUACGUGCGCGCAAACUAAUACUUUCUUUUUUUCCAUUCAUGCAAUGUCUGGGGCUCUGUACACACUGAAGGAAUUGCUACUUUUUAACGUAAGCUAUGAAUGGAAAUAAUCUAACAUCAUCGUCAAUGUCACGAAAUCACAUACAAAAGUGUAUAAAGCUGCCGGCAUCCAUUCGGACCCAUCAGUCACUGUGAUCUGUAAAUACGACUGCGUGCGUGUGUGCGUGUUGUACAUUGAUGCUGCAUGUCUGUGAAGAUGCUUUCAAUUAAAACAAACUUCCAUAAGAACAUUGUCUUUUCGCAUGAAUCACUUUUUUUUUUCCUUUCCCUCUGCUCUCUUGUCAUUUUCACUUCUUUUUGUCCUCCCAUCAUCUCCCAAACGCGCCCAGAGCUAAGAGAGGAGUAAUUUAUGGUCUUAUUUGUCUUUGUGUGCUGCGAGUGCUUUGCACCGUAAUGGGAUAUUGAUUGAGGCAGGACAGUGGAGACGAGCCUUUCUUCUUCUUCUCUUAGCUGACGACAUGUCACUAAAUAAAAGGCGAACGACGUCACGCUGGAAAUUGACACUUUUGUUUUGCACCACAACCAGAUGAUUUGUUGUUAAAGGUGAUUGUUUUUUAACAGUUUGUCAUCAAGUGGGGGAUGAUGUCAACAUUUGUGCUAUACCAGGGGGAAAAAAUUCAGUGUGACGUUACAAAGUGAAAUUUAGCACAUCAAAACAUUUUAAUGUGUAACAAGGAAACGUUUUUAAAUUGAAGCGUGACAUUUUUUUUUAUUGAUUACAUUACCAGGGUCCGUUAUCAUUAGUAUAAAAUAUAAUACAAAUCUUGCCUGUAUCACAUUGUGUCAGUCGUGAGGCACUGCGAGUUGGAAACCCUAAUACUGGUUUUAAAUCCUAGUUUCAAACCCUAAAACUGGUUUUAAAACCUAGUUUGAAACCCUAAUACUGGUGUAAAACCCUAUUUUGACAGCCUAAAACUGGUUUUAAACCCUAUUUUGAAACCCUAACACUGGUUUUAAAACCUAGUAUGAAACCCUAAAACUGGUUUUAAACCCUAUUUUGAAACCCUAAUACUUGUUUUAAAACCUACUUUCAAACCCUGAUACUGGUUUGAAACACUGGUUUUAAACCCUAGUUUCAAACCCUAAUGCUGGUGUAAAACCCUAGUUUGAAACCCUAAUACUGGUUUUAAAACCAAGUUUGAAAUCCUAAUACUGGUGUAAAACCCUAGUUUGAAACCCUAAUACUGGUUUUAAAACCUAGUUUGAAACCCUAAUACUGGUGUAAAACCCUACUUUGAAACCCUAAUACUGGUGUAAAACCCUACUUUGACAGCCUAAAAAUGGUUUUAAACCCAAUUUUGAAACCCUAACACUGUUUUUAAAACCUACUUUCAAACCCUAAUACUGGUUUUAAAACCUACUUUCAAACCCUAAUACUGGUUUGAAACCCUAGUUUUAAACCCUAAUAGUGGUGUAAAACCCUACUUUGACAGCCUAAAAAUGGUUUUAAACCCAAUUUUGAAACCCUAAUACUGUUUUUAAAACCUAGUUUGAAACCCUAAUAGUGGUGUAAAACCCUACUUUGACAGCCUAAAACUGGUUUUAAACCCUAGUUUCAAACCCUAAUACUGGUGUAAAACCUUAGUUUGAAACCCUAAUACUGGUUUUAAAACCUAGUUUGAAAUGCUAAUACUGGUGUAAAACCCUACUUUGACAUCCUAAAAAUGGUUUUAAACCUUAGUUUGAAACCCUAAAACUAGUUUUAAACUCUAGUUUGAAACCCUAAUACUGGUGUAAAACCCUAGUUUGAAACCCUAAUGCUGGUUUUAAAACCUAGUUUGAAAUCCUAAUACUGGUGUAAAACCCUACUUUGACAUCCUAAAAAUGGUUUUAAACCUUAGUUUGAAACCCUAAAACUAGUUUUAAACCCUAGUUUGAAACCCUAAUACUGGUUUUAAACCCUACUUUCAAACCCUAAUACUGGUGUAAAACCCGAGUUUGAAACCCUAAUACUGGUAUUAAAACCUAGUAUGAAACCCCAAUACUGGUGUAAAACCCUACUUUGAAACCCUAAUUCUGGUUUUAAACCCUAGUUUCAAACCCUAAUACUGGUUUUAAUCCCUAAUUUAAAACCCUUUAAACUGGAUUUAAACCCUAAAACUGGUUUUAAAACCUAGUUUGAAACCUUAAAACUGUUUUAAAAACCUAGUUUGACACCUCAGUACUUGUUUUAAAACCUAGUUUGAAACCCUAACACUGGUAUUAAAACCUAGUAUGAAACCCCAAUACUGGUGUAAAACCCUACUUUGAAACCCUAAUUCUGGAUUUAAACCCUAGUUUGAAACCCUAAUACUGGUUUUAAACACUAGUUUGAAACCCUAAUACCGAUGUAAAACCCUAGUUUGAAACCCUAAUUCUGGAUUUAAAACCUAGUUUGAAACCCUAAUACUGGUUUUAAUCCCUAAUUUAAAACCCUCUAAACUGGAUUUAAACCCUAAAACUGGUUUUAAAACCUAGUUUGAAACCUUAAAACUUUAAAAACCUAGUUUGACACCUCAGUACUUGUUUUAAAACCUAGUUUGAAACCCUAAUACUGGUUUUAAACCCUAUUUUGAAAACCUAAUACUGGUUUUAGUUUGAAACCCUAAUUGAUUUUAAACCCUAGUUUGAAUUCCUACUUUGAAAUCUGUAGCUAAAUUUGAAACCACAGUCCUGGUUUUAAUUUCUUCCUUUGAAACCUUAAUCCCAGCCAGUAAAAGAUGCUGCAAAAUAAACGCUCAUAAAAGAACCCAACCAAACACAUGAACAUGAAUCAUCCCAACGGCAGUGGUUUGAUGAGUUAUACACUACGAUAACAGCCAGAAUAUUUCUUUCCAAUUUAGACGACAAAAUCAAUAGUUCAUCUGCGCACCUUCCCUGCUCAUCAGUCUCUUUGACAGAAACGCCUUGCAGGAGAACAAAGACCCCAAAGACAACAAGGAGUGUUUUCAGCAGAGGUUUUUAUGCAUAGUUUUUCAGGAAAAUAACAUUUUACACAUUUGGAUCGGAUCAGGCUUGCUUCCUUUUGUGUGUAUGUGUGUGUGUUUUUGUUUUUGCACACGUGCUUUAAAAGCAACACUAAAUGACAACACGGAACGACCAAAAAAAUGUCAAAAUAUGACGAACGUGUGUUAGUUUGAAAAGGAUAAUGUCACUUAAAGAGACACAGGCCAUUGAAAGUCAUUAUUUGUACCUCGACUCACUUGCUGCCAUUGACGGGGAUAGACGUCCGAUUCAUUUUGACUGGAAGAGCAAUUGGACGUCUAUCCCUGUCA